UUAUGUAUUGUUUGGCUACAUGUACUUAUCUCCAACAUCAGAUGCAUUUGCAUAAGCUAUUGAGAAACUCUCUUCGCCUCUUGCAUCUCCUCCAUAAACGGCUCUCUGCGUUUUCCAGAAACGGCUCUCUCUUGCUAAAAGAUCAGAUUUUGAAAAGGGAAGCAGUGAGUGGAGUUCAUCUGAGCUGUUGUACCUUUUCUGUACUUGACAGUUACCCCUUUGCCGAGGCGUCAGCUAUUUUCAAGGCAGAUAUUUAUUACAAUUCUUUUGAGGGUUCUCAUAUUAUAUUCCUCUAUUGCAUAUCUAUCGUUGCUAUACUAUAUGGGCUGAGGUUUACGUUUCAUGGGAGGUGUAGAAGAUGAUGAACCAGUGUCAAAACGCAUGAAAUUAGCCUCUGGAGAGUUGACAGGUCUUUCCAACGGUUCUUCUUUAAUAGAGACCAUAGUUGGGUCUUCAAGGGACUUGAUGGCUCGGCCCCUACAAUCUGAAGGGGACGAAGAGGUUGUUGGCUCGAAAGGAGUUAUUAAAAGAGUUGAAUUUGUCAGAAUAAUAGCCAAAGCAUUAUAUUCUCUUGGAUAUAAGAAGAGCAGUGCUCAUUUAGAGGAAGAAUCAGGGAUCCCCUUACAAUCAUCUGCUGUAAAUUUAUUUAUGCAGCAAAUUCUUGAUGGCAGUUGGGAUGAAAGUGUAGUCACAUUGCAUAAUAUCGGUCUGAAAGAUGAAAGCAUUGUUAAGUCAGCCGCUUUUCUGAUAUUAGAACAGAAGUUUUUUGAGCUUUUAGAUGGGGGAAAAGUCAUGGUUGCUUUAAACACAUUGAGGGAAGAGAUUGCUCCACUUUGCAUCAAUAAUGGCAGAGUCCGUGAGCUGUCUUCCUUCAUUGUCUCUCCUGCAUUUUGUGCUUCAAUUGGGUCUUCUAAUCAGGAUACUUCAAGGAUGAAAUCUCGGUCAAAGCUGCUGGAGGAAUUACAACAAUUGCUUCCUCCAACAGUUAUAAUACCUGAAAGGAGGUUGGAAUAUUUAGUUGAACAGGCACUGACCUUGCAAAAAGAUGCAUGCAUAUUUCACAACUCCAUGGAUAAUGAGAUGUCAUUAUACACAGAUCAUAACUGUGGAAGAGAUCAAAUUCCUUCUCGAACUUUGCAGAUUCUGAAGGCACAUUCUGAUGAAGUGUGGUUCUUACAAUUUUCUCACAAUGGGAAAUACUUAGCUUCAUCAUCCAGCGAUCAAUCGGCAAUCAUAUGGGAGGUUGAUUCCAAUGGUGGAGUUUCUUUUAAGCAUCGAUUAUCUGGUCACCAAAAACCUGUGUCCUCUGUUUCCUGGAGUCCUGAUGAUCAGCAGCUUCUCACUUGUGGGAUUGAGGAGACUGUCAGGCGUUGGGAUGUUGCUUCUGGUGAAUGCCUCCAUGUCUAUGAGAAAGUUGGUCUUGGCCUCAUUUCCUGUGGAUGGUUUCCAGAUGGGAGACGGGUAUGCACUGGCAUUAACGAUAAAAGCAUCUGCAUGUGGGACUUGGAUGGAAAAGAGCUAGAGUGUUGGAAAGGGCCACGAACUUUGAAGAUCUCUGAUUUGGAAAUAACAAGCGAUGGGAAACAGAUCAUAAGUAUGUGCAAGGAAACUGCAAUCCUACUACUUGAUAUAGAAGCAAAAAAUGAGAGAGUGAUUGAGGAGAAUCAAACAAUAACUUCAUUCUCAUUGUCAAGAGAUGAUAAGUUUUUGCUGGUUAAUCUUCUGAAUCAAGAAAUCCAUCUUUGGAAUAUAGAUGGUGGCAUCAAGCUUAUAGCUAAGUAUAAAGGUCACAAACGCACCCGGUUUGUUAUUAGGUCUUGUUUUGGGGGACUUGAACAAACUUUUAUUGCCAGUGGUAGUGAAGAUUCACAGGUAUAUAUAUGGCACAAAUGCUCAAGAGAGCUCAUAGAGGCAUUGCCUGGCCAUUCUGGGGCUGUUAAUUGUGUGAGCUGGAAUCCAAAAAAUCCACACAUGUUGGCAUCAGCUAGUGAUGAUCGUACAAUUCGAAUAUGGGGCUUAAAUGCUCUGUGCAUGAAACAAAAGGGCACUCACAGCAAUGGCAUCCAUUACUGCAAUGGAGGAACUUGAGAAAACUUGAAGCAUCAAAUCAAAAAGAUAAAUUCUUCUUUUCCUUGACCAUUGCUUUCAUGUAUAUACACCUGUUUUCAUUGCCCUACACAAUAACAAUGUGAAUUAUACAGCUACUUUCUGAUAAUAAAUUAUCAUUUUAACAUUACAUUGAUUCUUUUUACUUUAUUUUUGUUCUGUGAGAAAUUUUAUUAAUUCUUUCAUAGUCAUUGCUGAA